AUGCAGUUUCAGGGGGAAUGGUUUGUCCUCGGUCUGGCGGGCAACACCUACAAGAGAGAGCACCGGACCCUGCUCAGCCCCUACAUCGCAUUGUUCGAGCUGAAAAACAACAGCUAUUUUCAGGUGACCAACACCAUGACCCGGGGCAAGCGCUGUGACGCUUGGUCCUAUGCUCUGAUCCCAACAACCAAGCCUGGGCAGUUCACCGUGGAGAACAAAGGUGAGCGGACUGGAGCAGACAGAGAAGACGUACAGGUCAUCGAGACAGACUACACCACCUUCGCCCUGGUACUGUCCCUCAGACAAACAAGCAGCCUGACCAUCAUCAGAGUCAACCUUCUGGGUAGAAAAUGGAGGCUUCCUCAUAAGCCAAUAGACAGGUUUGUCUGCCUGGCCAGAACCCAGAACCUCACAAAGAACAACUUCAUCUUCCCCGAUGUGACCGGUAAUGGGUUUGCAGCAUUGGGGCUGGACACCUGA